AUGUUUUGUCCUCUUAUGUUAAAUAAGGAAUAGUAAAUGUUUAAUGUUUAAUAAUAAAAACAAUUCAUGUCAAAACGGCCUCCUGUCCCAAAGUUUGAAGAAAGAAGUCAAACUCCACCAAAACGAAAUUCUUUAUUUGAUGAAAUCACUCAUUUGAUCGUCAAAUUCAACCUUAAUGCCCUAAUUGAAAAACAAUGUGUCUAAAUAAUGACAACGAUUCAAUUGCCUAAUACCAGUUUCCAUGCAUAAGCUAUAGUUUGCUGUGCCAUGCUCUAAUUGAAUAUGGAAUUAUCAAUGUUCCCUUAAAAAAUACAAUAAUUUGCUUAACACAUCAAUUAUCGACUAAACAACAUGAUAACUUAAUUGUGCGAAAAGCUUCAGAUGGACAAAAAAUAAAAAAUGCUCUGCCAAUUGAUGCAUAAAAUCAUACUUAAAUACGUAAACAAGCUUUCUAAACCCAUUUAACAUGCAUUGGCAGUCAAAAUUGCUUGUGACAUAAUCUACUAUCACAAAGGAGGAAUUAGUUUAAGCUUAUUGGCCCAAAGUUCUCAAGUAAAAAUUGAUCAACUGUAAUCUUGUCUCAACAGAAUAAAGCCAUUUGCACACACAAUUAUUUAAAAUUAUAUCAACUACUGCAAAAAACAGAAGGAGUCGUAAUGA